AUGUAUUUGCAAAACAAACACGCUUUCUUUCCAAAUUGCAAUUUAAUUGUAAGGCAAAUUAGUUAACUUCCUUUGGCUGGAAAAUUUGUUUCUCUUUUCCAGAACUUUCGGGACAAUGGGGUAAACAUUCAGGUGACAAAUGCAAGUAGCGCAACGUGACCACGCUGACGUAAGAACGUGAAGCCAUGAUUGUACAUAUAACUGUACGCCGAAAACUCAAGUUCAGGUUCGAGGCGACUUAGCUAUUCCAACUUGCUGAGCACGUCCCUCCGUUGCACUAGCGAGUAUAUAACAGGAAUUGCUCAAAAGCAAAGGUACAUCGUCUUCGAAGACCUAAAAGGAGCGAUGUAUCAGCUACCUAGAGAUAAAUACAGUCUUGGAGUAUGCAAGGAGCUUGAAAGAUCCAAUUUUCUCUCAAGCACAUUCAAACGUACGAUGACGGAGACCAGCGCAGCAGAAAUGGCCCCUGAUAUAGAAAAACAGGCAAGGAACAUGUUUGGUAACCGCGAAUCACGUUUGAAGCGAAGUAGGCUUAUGAUCGCAGAAGAGUGCGUCAAUAACGAUGACGAUGGUGCAGCUUACACGCCUGAAGAUUUGGUGACGAAUAAAAGAUUAAGUGAGCCUCUACACUUUGCCCGUGCAAAAGGACAGCUCACUUCCGCGAGAAGUUCUUAUGUUUGCUUCGGAACUACUUGCCGACCGAUGAAAAACAUUAUGCCGAUAAAUUUGCAUGUGAAAGACAUCACAGCAGCUAAGGCAUGUUUUCCCGACUUUUUCCCUCAACAACCUUCACGAACCAGUUACGAUUCCAAACAAUCGUAUCCAACCCUGGAAGAGAUUUUCUCAGGUCAGUUUCAAGUCUCAACAACCCUGAGUGAUAGGACACAAACAUUUCCAAGAAACAAAUAUAUGUAAAUUCGUUUGACUAGAGGUACUGACGAAUUAUAAUUUGCAUCUCUUAACUUAGACUAUUUUAUUUCAUUAUAUCGAAGAGUCCAAGGAUAUCUUUGUGGUGCUCGAGAAUUUCUUCAUUCAAUUCAACCUAAUUUUCUAUACUUUCUUGAUUUCCCUUGCUUCUCCGACACUGUUUUU